AACAGUGAAAACUGGGCAGUGUCUGCACGAAAGCGCCCUCGACGCGCACGCGGCGCACUUUCUGUCUCGAGAGACGACGAGCGCUCGCGCUGAGACUGCGCCUCCUCCUCCUCGGCUCCUCGCGCCGUUCUGUGCUGUGGGCGUCGCUGCGCCGACGGCGGCCGCGUCGCCAAACUUUGGGAACUAUGUGCAUCUGACAGUUGUUCCGCUCGUGUUCUUCUCGCACGCGCGUCGUGACUGGAGCCGCGUGUGUCGGCGUCGUCGUCCGUCAACAUGCAGCGCGAUGUGCGGCUGUGACGGACCGUGGACCCGGACUGAAAGCGAGCGAGCGAGCGAGCGAGCGUGCGCGUCGCGCCGCGCCGCGCCUGUGCACGGGCUCCACGGGAAACCGCCGCGCGUAACGCUGGCCGUCCAUGGAGAAGUGGCGGAGACGCUGCUCAGCACCAGCCACGCGUAGAGACAGCGAGUGACGGCCGAACCAUGAGCCAGGACCACGACGGCAUCUCGUUACCGGUGCCGUGCUUCGGCGCGGAAGGCGCCCGCAAACGCAGCGGCCCCUCCGGCAUCCCCGCGGCCGGGACCUUCUGGCAGGACUCCAUGAUGGGCAGCGCGGGGCUCGGGCCCGACGUCGACCGGUGCCCGAUGGACGGCGGCGGCCUGCUGUCCACCGGGAAGUGCAAGAGCCGCCCGGUGACGGCGGCGUACGUGGUGAACGGCGAGGCGAGCGUGCAGAGCAACGCGGAGAGCAUGGCCCUGCAGUGCCUGAAGGACGCCUGCGACGCCGUGGGCAGCAAGCUGGACGCCGUCAACUUUGGCAAACUCGACUUUGGGGAGACCACGGUCCUGGACCGCUUCUACAACGCAGACAUCGCUGUUGUGGAGAUGACGGACGCCUUCCGUCAGCCAUCGCUCUUCUACCACCUGGGCGUCAGAGAGAGCUUCAGCAUGGCCAACAACAUCAUCCUUUACUGCGACACUAACUCGGACGCGCUGCAGUCCCUGCAGGAGAUCAUUUGCCAGAAGAACACUACGUGCUCGGCCAACUACACCUUCAUCCCCUACAUGGUGACGCCGCACAACAAGGUGUAUUGCUGCGAGGGCAGCCUGAUGAAGGGCCUGACGCAGCUGAUGCAGCCCAGCUUCGAGAUGCUGCUGGGGCCCAUCUGCAUGCCGCUGCUGGACCGCUUCGUGCAGCUGCUCAAGGAGUCGCAGGCCAACUCGCACCAGUAUUUCCGUGAGACCAUCCUGAACGAGAUACGAAAGGCCCGGGAGCUGUACACCGGCAUGGAGCUGGCUGCCGAGCUGAGCCGCAUCCAGCAGCGGCUCGACAACGUGGAGUGCCUUUCAGUGGACAUCGUCAUCAACCUGCUGCUGACGUACAGGGACAUCCAGGACUAUGACUCGAUUGUGAAGCUGGUGGAGACGCUGGAGAAGCUUCCGACCUUCGACCCCGUGGCUCAUCCUCAUGUAAAGUUCCACUACGCCUUUGCAUUGAAUAGGAGGAACCUGCCAGGCGACAGACAGAAGGCCCUGGACACCAUGCUUCCCCUGGUGGAGGAUGAGGAGGAGCAGGUAGCGUCGGACAUCUACUGCCUGGUGGGGCGCAUCUAUAAAGACAUGUUCCUGGAGUCCCACUUCACCGACACGCAGAGCAGAGACAGCGGCAUUCUGUGGUUUAAACGGGGGUUUGAGUCUGAACCAACACUACACUCUGGUAUCAACUACGCUGUUCUGCUCCUGGCAGCUGGACAGCAGUUUGACACGUCCUUUGAGCUUCGCAAAGUGGGAGUGAAGCUCAGCAGUCUUCUGGGAAAGAAAGGCAGCCUGGACAAGCUGCAGAGCUACUGGGAUGUGGGCUUCUUCUUGGGCGCCAGCAUCUUGGCCAGUGACAAAACCAGAGUCAUCCAGGCCUCUGAGAAACUCUUCAAGCUCAAAGCGCCCAUCUGGUAUCUGUGCUCAUUGGUGGAAACCAUCUUGAUCUACCAGCACUUCACCAAGUCCAGUGUGGAGCCGCCAUCUCCCCGACAGGAGCUGUUGGACUUCUGGAUGGACUUUCUGGUGGAGGCAACCAAGACGGACGUCUCCUCUGUACGAUUUCCUGUGUUGAUACUGGAGCCCACUAAAGUGUACCAGCCUUCGUAUCUGUCCAUAAACAAAGACGUGGAGGACAACACCGUGUCCAUCUGGCAUGUGGCGCCUGAUGACAAGAACAAGGGGAUCCAUGAGUGGAACUUCAGCGCCACUUCAGUACGAGGGGUCAGCAUCUCCAAGUUUGACGAGCGCAGCGCUUUCCUCUACGUCCUUCACAACGCAGAGGACUUUCAGAUCUACUUCUGUACAGAGAUGCACUGUAAAAGAUUCUGCGAUCUGGUCAACAGCAUAACAGAGGAGACGUGGAAAAGUCCAGAGGAGGGAGACUGUGACGCUGAUACCUUAGAGUACGACUACGAGUACGAUGAGCACGGGGAGAGGGUGGUUCUGGGAAAAGGCACGUUUGGAGUGGUUUACGCAGGACGAGACCUCAGCAACCAGGUGCGACUGGCCAUCAAGGAAAUACCAGAGAGAGACAGCAGAUACUCUCAGCCUCUCCACGAGGAGAUCGCUCUCCACAAGCACCUCAAGCACAAGAACAUCGUCCAGUAUCUGGGCUCCAUCAGCGAGAACGGCUUCAUCAAGAUCUUCAUGGAGCAGGUGCCCGGAGGGAGUCUGUCUGCACUGCUGAGGUCCAAAUGGGGCCCUCUGAAAAACAACGAGCCCACGAUCGGCUUCUACACCCGACAAAUCCUGGAGGGGCUGAAGUACCUGCACGACAACCAGAUAGCACACAGAGAUAUCAAGGGCGACAACGUUCUCAUCAACACCUACAGCGGCAUCCUGAAGAUAUCCGACUUCGGCACGUCUAAGAGGUUGGCUGGGAUCAACCCCUGCACCGAGACCUUCACAGGAACUCUGCAGUACAUGGCUCCUGAGAUCAUAGACAAGGGUCCUCGAGGCUACGGCAAACCAGCCGACAUCUGGUCCCUGGGCUGCACCAUCAUAGAGAUGGCCACUGGGAAGCCCCCCUUCUAUGAACUGGGAGAACCGCAAGCCGCCAUGUUCAAGGUGGGCAUGUUUAAGAUCCACCCAGAGAUCCCAGAGUCCAUGUCUGCGGAGGCCAAGGCCUUCAUCCUGCGCUGCUUUGAGCCCGACCCCGACCACCGAGCCACGGCCCUCGACCUGCUCACGGACGAGUUCCUCACGGUCACCAGCCGCAAGAAGAAGAGCAAGAGCAGCUUCACAGCUUUGACGCCGGGAUCAGAGUAUCUCCGCAGCAUCUCCCUGCCCGUGCCGGUGGUCGUGGAGGACACCAGCAGCAGCAGCGAGUACGGCUCCGUCUCCCCCGACAACGACCUCAACACCAACCCCUUCAUCUUCAAGCCCAGCGUCAAGUGCUACAGCGAGAGGGACGUGAAGGGGCCCAGGUCUCUGUUCCUCAGCAUUCCUGUGGAGAAUUUCGAGGACCACAGCGCCCCCCCGUCUCCUGAUGAGAAGGACUCCGGCUUCUUUAUGCUGCGGAAGGACAGCGAGAGGCGAGCCACGCUGCACCGCGUCCUGACAGAGGACCAGGACAAGGUGGUGUCCAACCUGACGGAGGCGCUGAACCAGGGCUCUGAGGAAAUAAGGCUCACGCCGCAGCACAUCUCCACCCUCGUGGUCAGUCUGGCCGACUUCGUUCGCAUGGCGGACAGGAAGAUCAUCGCCAACACGCUGUCGCAGCUCAAGCUGGAGCUGGACUUCGACAGCACGGCCAUCAGCCAGCUGCAGGUUGUGCUGUUUGGCUUUCAGGAUGCUGUGAACAAGGUGCUGCGAAACCACAACAUUAAGCCUCACUGGAUGUUUGCUCUGGACAACAUCAUCCGCAAAGCUGUGCAGACGGCGAUCACCAUCCUGGUUCCAGAGCUGAGGCCUCACUUCAGCCUGGCGUCCGAGAGCGACGCCGCCGACCAGGAGGACGUGGACGACGUGGAGCCGGAGCGAGACUCCGCCCACCAGAGCCGGGCGCCGGUGGCCGCCACGCACGACGACACCGUGGCCACGUCGGGCGUGAGCACGCUCAGCUCCACCGUGUCCGAGUCCCACGGCGCGCAGCGCUCGGUCAGCGUGGAGCUGAGCAGGAUGAAGCUGGAGAGCAGCAGGCUCCUGGAGCAGCUGCUGGAGAAGGAGCGCGAGUACCAGGCCAUUCUGCAGCAAGUGCUGGAGGAGAGGGAGCAGGAGAUCCGACUACUGAGGCUGCGAGCCGAGCCCGCAGACGCCCCCUCGCGCUCCCCGGAAACGCAGACGAGUCGACCUGAGAGGCACGAGGACUCGGAGCUGAGCCGCUGGCUGAGGCUUUACGGGGCGGAUCAGGACUCCAUCGACAGAAUCCAGAAUGAGGACUAUUCACUGAACGACCUCCUCCACCAUGUGACAAGAGACGACCUGAAGAGUUUAAGACUAAGAGGAGGCGUCCUGUGCAGACUGUGGAAGGCCAUCACAGACCACAGGCACAAACCCACCUGAGGCCUUCGGCGCCGCCCUCGUUCCCUCGUGUUCAAAGGCUGAGUCUGUCAGAGGCGCCUGUGCUGCUCUGUGGCUCAGCAGCUUCAGGACGUCCUCCUCCGCUCUUGUCUGAGCAUUGGGAGGAUUUUAGACAUGAGGUGGAUGUUACAGCAACAAUUACUGAGAAGUGCCACUAGUUUUGAGCAUGUCUGACGGACAUGACGCAUUUUUUGUUACAGGUGUUUGGUGAGAAAAUCUCUAGAUUCUUGAAAACUGUUGAAAUGUUUCCUCUCGUCUUUACAGGAUGUUUACAAAACUGGAGAAUGACUGUUUUCUAACACAAGCCUGAGAUACAAAAUACUACGCUGAACAUCAUCUGUGCUAAAGUUUUUAGCUUAUCACUACUUUUAUUUAAAUGUGUUUUUAAUUUAAUUGUAAUUCUAACCUGAAGGAUGUCAGUGCAGUUAUUUUAUUUUUGAAGUUUAGUUUUAUCUUCACUGAAACAUAUUUAAACUGACGAUGCUUUUGUCAUAUUUCCUUUUAUAUAACAAAUCUACAUUUUUAUUUUCCAGAAUCAUGUAAAUAUCAUCUUACAGAAAUAUGUGAAUGAAUUUUAUGUACUUUAAAGACCAACAUAGUUUAACGUCCAUGUGAACGGGACUGAGUCUAUAUUGAUAAUCAUAGGAAAAUAUUAGUUAUCAUCACUGCAUUAGACCAUCUGCUGUUUGUUUUACACUGACAAUGUGUUUUGUGCAGAUAUGAUCAUCGUGAUCACUCACAUGUUUAAUGCAAAAUUUGUUUGCAUUUCAGAUUUUCAUUACGAGUGUUUUUUAUUUCAAACCAAACUGAAUGAGGAAAUAAUCAUAAGCGGUGUGUCCAUUUUUUUUAAAUCAUGUCUGAAAUUAAAAAAAUGUCAUAUUGUUAAAUAAAUUUUUCAUCUUGAAACCGUCA